CGCACCCUUCAGACCAAGCAAAGCGCUCGGCUGGCGCGUUCGCACACAACACACAACACCAACACCAGCAGCGCCAACCACCCUCCACGCAGCCACGCUUGCCUCAACAACAGUUGCUUGGGGUUGUCAAUGCUCAGCCAGAACGACAAGAGGCAAGCCACACCUUCGACAUACGUACAGCUGUAGGUUGUCGCUGUCUCGACACAGCACACCAUGUCAUCGGGGCGUGCAUCGCGCUCAGACAGCAGCGGCGACGUUGGUGAGACGCGGUGCGUGUGCUGCUACCGUCACAAUGAUGAGUCCAUGGUGUGCUGCGACUCGUGCAACGUCUGGCAGCACAUUGCCUGCUUCGAAGACAUCGACACAGAUGAUAUCCCCGAGGUCUACCUCUGCGAGAGGUGCAAGCCAAGGCAAGUGGACAUGCUGCGGGCCAUGCGAAUCCAGGACAAGAAGGCGCGUGCGCUGGCGCGGCGACGAAAGCGCAUGCCGUUGCCAGAGCCCAUCCAGGCAACGCCCUUCCAAGAAACAAAUGUCCUCGAGCUCUCAGCACCCGCCAAAGCGGCCGUUGCGAAGAACAUCGAGAUUAAUCAGCUGGAUGACAUCACAGAGUUUAUCAAGGACCAGGACCACCACGUUGUCCAACAUCACACCAUUGUCUCCGGCAAACAGGCGCUGUUUGUGCAAGAGGACGUGCCAAAGGGGGCGCCAAUCACGGUUGUAUCUGGCCGCUUGUGCCUGCGCUCGGAGUUAGCCAAGCAGUACAAGUUGGAGGACACGUUUCUCCCCUAUGUUAUCUUCUUCGACACGGCCGGCCUCUCCCUGGCUGUCGACGCCACCACGCGAGGGUCUAUUGCGCGCUAUGUGCGGCGGGCGUGCGAUGCGUCGGCGUCGCUGGGCGUGUUCCAGGCCCGCGGCCGCCUGGCCCUUGCCCUUACGGCAUCACGCAAUCUGCCCAAGGGCGCGGAGGUGACCAUCCCCUUUGAUGUGGACUGGGCGUCCGUCUCCUACCUCCUCGACUGCGCAUGCGGCUCCUCCCUCUGCCAAGUCGCGAAAGCGAUGAAGCGGCGGCAGCGGUCGUUGGCUGCAAAGGGACCACGCCGCCCACAGCCGAAGCAACAGCGACAGCCGAAGCAACCCAAGCAGCCAAAGCAGCCGAAGCAGCAGUCAAAAUCAGUGUCGUCUGUGCCUGAAUCACCAGCAGGCACGCCGACUGCCCGCAUGUCACGCGAGGAGCGCAAGCUCAUGAUGUCUCUCAGACGCAUCGAUGAGGCGUGUGGUGAGGUGGCAAAGCAGCAGCAGCAACAGCACACACCGGCAGGCGGUUCUGAAGCGCGGGCGUCGGAGGGGCGCCGGUCGAGCGGCGGAAAGGGCCGCAGAGCAUCCUCCGCAAAGCCUGCAAGCGGCGGCACGAAAGGGCGUCGGCCUGCGUCACUGCAUCUGCAGAUGAACCCGCUGGCUGAUGCUGCUGGUCGCCUGCCCUCUUCGCCCUCCCUCAUCUCCGCAUCGGCGUCAGCAUCAGCACUAACGCCCGGGUACAACUACGACGCGCGGGCGAUGGAUGCCUUCCCCGACCCCCCGCACGGGCGAAGUGGCGGCGGUGGUGGGGGUGUUGGUCGUCGUAGCCGUCGCCGCCGCAACAGCACCCCGCAUAAGGAGGAGCUGGAGAACUACAACACCAUCAGCAGCGCCAGCCAGACCCCGUUUGCCGCCUACCACAACGACGCUUGCGAAAUUCUCUCUGAUCUGCUGUUCCAAGGGCUGAAGGGGCGCAUCAGCAAGGCUGCGCGGCCAUUUGAGUACAGCAGCCCGCACGUUGGCCGUGUGGUGGCCGUCGCCUUUGAACGCGCUCCGCAGGGCGGGGUGUAUGCUCGCAAGAAGUACAUGAGCCAGUGGAUGCCGGAGUGUGUGCCGAGUCUCGACACGGACGACCUCACACCCUCAACCACCCCCGUAGCAUCAACAGCAGCCGCCACAGCCCCAAUGACACCAACAACAACAACAACACCGUCAACAACGCAUCCUCAGCAACAGAGCCAUGGGCAGCAAGCGAAGAUGGCAAGCAACCCCUCCACUAACGCAGCGCCCAACGCAAAGACCAACGCUCAUUCCAGCACAACCGCCAACGCGGGUGGCGACGGGGAGGCGGCGCGCAGGGUGCGGUUUGCGAUUGACGGCAGCAGGUCCAGCCCGAACUGUGGCGGUGUUGGCCCAUCGCGUUUGGGUGACGACGACAACGACAACGACAACGACGACUGCGUCAGCAACAGCAGCACCAGCACACGCCGCAACAGCGCCCAGGACGCCAGCGCCACCAACACCACCACCAACAACACCACCACACUCUCAUCGUCCACAGGAACUACAGGCGCCACCACCCACACCCACACGAACAACGCGAACGCGAGCACAACGAGCAGCACCGCGGCAUCGGCGCUGUCGUGGUCGUGGUGGUGGUCGAAGGAGAGUGCAACGCCUGGCAUGACGGCUGAGCCCGCCGCGCAGCCUGUUCCCUUUGUCAGCUUCAAGGAGAGGUUGCGACGAUCGCUGCGCACAGUACAGGCCGCCCACCCUGCAACCACCGCUGAUGGUGGUCGUGAUGAUGGCCAGGAUGGUGCUGUGACUGGCACGAUGAAUGCAGCACCAGCAGCAGCCACGACGACGGCCAUGGACACGGCCCCUGAUGCUGCACACUCUGGCGUCAAAGCCGAGAGCGAAAGCGCUGCUGGGACACCUCGCACGCAGCAGCAACUACAACAGCAUCAACAACCACUACUACCGCAGCAGCAGCAGCAGCAGCAGCAGCAGCAGCAGCGUGUUGUACAGGUGAAGCAGGAGCCUCCCAUGCUUGGAGUCAAGACCGUAGCAGCACCAUUGGUCACGACACCACAAACAGGAGCAACGAGUGCUUCAGGAAUAACUGCGGGCAGCAGUGCCACAACCACAACGACGACCACCGCCACCACUAAUGUUGUUGCACCUGGGGCCGUGGUGAGCCAGAUGCCAUCCAGACCGGCUGUGCACCGCAAUGUGCAUGGCCUGCGGGUGAAUGCAUCUGCACCACCAUCAAUUGUGGACGGUGCAACGUCGCCUGGCGUGUCGUCACCGCUGUCGGCACAGGGGUCGUCUGUGUUCCUCCCCGACUCACCGGCAUCCUCCUCCCCAGCAGCGCCCAGCUCCCCAUCGUCGCUGCCGUCACCAAUGCUGCUGCAACAACAACAACAACAACAACAACAACAACAACAACAACAACAACAACAACAACAACAACAACAACAACAACAACAACAACAACAACAACAACAACCAGACCACCACCCCCACCAGAAACACAAGAGCGGGCGCGUUGCGGAGCUGAAGGCAGAGGCGAUCCCGACACCAUCAAACGCAGCAGCAGCAGCAGCAGCAGCAAAAUCAGCGACACCGUCGUCGCCUGCAGCGCCAGCAUCAACGGCAGCGCGUGGUAGCCCUGCAUCUGGGAGGAAACGCAAGUUGUCGCUGGCAGACUACCUGAAGCGCCGCGGCCUUUCAAAACCCACCCCACCUUCAUCGCCAUCGCCAUCAUCAUCAUCAUCAUCAUCGCUUGCAUCUGCUACGGCAUCGGCUACAGCCACCAAGUCGCCAGCGGCAGCACCAAAGACGACAUCUCCAGCGGUCGCGACGAGUCACGGGAGCGGUGCAGCUUCGAACACAAAGGCUGCCCCAGCUAGCACAGAGGCUGCCCCAGCUAGCACAAAGGCUGCCCCAGCUAGCACACCUUCAGCCACCAUGCCUGCCACAACUACAAAGGCGCCUGCGACGCCUGCGAAAGCGUCUUCAGCCACCACGGGUGUCGCUGCGCCUUCUACAGCAACACCGGUUGCUGCAUCCACAACACCAACAGCAACAACAGCAGCAACAACAACAACAACAACACCUGCUACUGCUGCUGCUGCUGCUGCUGCUGCUGCUGCUGCUGCUGACAGAGCGCAUGACAGUUCCCAGCCACCACAGGCAGCAGCACCGGCUGCGACUGCAACCACCGCAGCAAAGCCAGAACCUUCCACAAAAACACCAAAACAAACUCCCAAACCAACCGCAGCGAAGCCAAAAUCAAUGGCAAAGGCGGCUGAGGCUGCGGCUGUUCCGCAAUCCCGUGCUGCAAAGGACGACGCCAAGACGGCUUCAGGUGCUGUUGUGACACCGAAGGAAGCAAGCAGUGAUGCCGGCCCAGCGUCUUCGAGCAACACGACACGAGCAACAGCACCACCACCUGUGAGUGAUGAAGGCAACAAGGAACAGCAGCCGGUCGCUGCCAAAUCGCAAGAAGCGACGCAGCUGCCACAGACACGCAAGAAGGUGCAGGCGCAGCAGAAGCAACAGCCCCCUUACACACAGGACGACAGGGCUGGGGUGGCAUCAAAGGUACAGGAGCACAAGCAGUCGACCAAACGACCUCAGGAAGAGCAGCCGCAGCAGCAGCAGCCGGAGCAGCAGCAGCAGCAGCCAGGGGCAAGUGAGAAGACACAGGAAGCAGAUGCCAAGGCGCUGUCUUCUUCUUCCGCUGCUACUGCCGCUCUAGUGACUGAUGAAGCGAAGCAGGCUGCGGUGAAACAAACCAAGAAGCAAGAUGAGUUCACCGCAAGCGGCACGGGCACAGCCGACACGACAACUGCACGAAAGACCAAGACACUCCACACAACAGCAGCAGCUGCAGCAGCAGCAGGUGGUGGCGCUGAUGUUGUUGUUGAGCAGACGCAAAGCGCCGCACAACAACAGGAAGCGCAACAAGAGCAGCAGCAGCAGCAGAAAGUGCAGCAAGAGUGUGACGAAAAGGCGCAGGAAAGCAGCCCGCAGCAGCGGAAGAGCGGAGCCACGCCCGUGCAUACGGCUCAGCCUGCAUUGGCCACUGCCACCUCAACGCACGCGACCCUGCCUGCUGUCAAGACUACGGCAACCGCACCUGCGCCCACGUAUGAUGUCGAUGGCGACCGUGAUGAUCGUGCUGAUCGUGCUGGUCGUGACGAUGCUGGUGAGCAGCCACGAAAGCGCGCGAAACAGCGGGCGCCUUCGCCAAGUGAUGAUGGCGCAACCGCUGUGGAACGAAACGCACGUGCGGGUGCGAUGACAGCAGCGGUAGCGGGCGGCGAUCAAGUCAAGCAGAGUGCUGCGGCGCCUGCAAGCAGCGGUGCUGAUAAUGCUGCUGCCACCGGUGCUGCUGGUGAUGAUGAAAAUGCAGACGACGAAUUCAAACCAGCACCACCACCACCAGCAAAGGUAACAACACCACCAGCCACACCAGCAGCCAAAACAUCUGCAGCGCAACCAUCACCGCCAUCUGCCACGGAGCAGCCGGCGCCACCAGCAAAGGCCGGUCGCGGUGAUGAUGAUGAUGAUGAUGAUGUUGCUGCCGCUGCUGCUGAUAACCCAGCACUAGCAGAAACAGCAGCAACAGCAACAGAGGCGCCACACGAGACACCCACUGCAACAACGUCGCAGCCGUCAGCAGUGCGAGCGGCCCUUGCUGACUCUGGCAAGCGUGACGUGCCUGCUGACACUGCUGGUGUGGAUCGGCAGCCCUCACUGGAUGCAGGAUCCGAACAGCCGCCCAAGCGCGCGAAGCGCUCAGCUCCGCCCACAGACGCGCAGGAGCACACAAGCCAACGCGAACAACAGCAACAGCAACGGCGACAGCGGCGGCGGCGCAUGGGAUCAACGGCAUCAUCGUCCAGUGGACGGCCGUCGCGGGAAUCGUCGCGCCCACGCUCCCGCCGCCCCUCACGUGCGCACACGCCAACAGAGGACAGGUCUGCCACCACGACCACCAUGUCCGCCACGUCUGCUGCUGCGGCCACCACGGCGGCCACCACGGCGACGACGACUGCUAGCACGAGCCGGGCUGGGAGCAGCAGGGCGAGCCGGGCCAGCAGCAGGAGCGGCAGUGUGUCACGCAGCGGAAGCCGCCGGCGCUGGCGAAGAAACAUGUCUCCACCGCCGCCACCGCCGCCACCUCAUGACAGGAGCAGGGACAGGGAUGGAGACCAGGUACCGCUUGACCGAGAGCGGGACCGUGGUGACAGGGACAGAGAACGCAGCAUGCGCGACUUGGAGCCUGGACGCGAUCGUGAGCGUGAGCGUGAGCGCGGCAGCCGCAUGCCGCCACCGGCCUCUGCGUCCACUUCGACGACUUCUGCGUCUUCCGCAGCUCGCCCUGGUGGUGAUCGGGACUGGCCCCGGGACAGGGACAGAGACAAGGACCGCGACCGUGACCGCGACCGUGACCGUGGGUAUGACCGUCGCCUGUGGAGUCGGCUUGGUGACACGAAUGGCCCACCAUCGUCGUCGUCAUCUCCGCCGCCACCACCGCACCCGGCGGCCGGCACCUGGCCACGUGAUCGUGACCGUGAUCGUGACCGUGACCGCGACCGUUAUGGUGGUCGUGACCACAUGUGGGGACGCGAUUCUGGCCCACCGCCGCCACCGGGACCACCGCCACCAGGGGGACCACCUCUGCCAUACGAAAGAGACCGUGAGCGUGAACGCGAGCGCGAAUGGGAUCUGCGGGACCGUGGGCGUGAGCGGGACUGGGGCGAUCGCGGCGGUGUCGGCGGCUGGGAGCGCAUGCACGACCGACCAGGCUGGGAUCGUGAUCGUGAUCGUGACCGUGACCGUGAAAGGGGACGUGAUUUGAUGCGUGACCCGCGCGACUGGGACCGAGACAGAGACAGGGACAGCGAUAGGGAACGCGAUCGGGAGUGGGACCGGGACAGGAGAGACAUGCGGCGGUAUGGGCGCGCGCCGCCGCCACCGCCAGGGCUUCGCGAUGACGGUCGACGGUGGGAAGAAGGCCCCCCACCACCAGGCCUGGCGGGCCCGCCAGGGCCAGCACCACCGGCAGGGCCGCCACCGCACCACCACCCCAUGUACGGGCCACCGCCGCCAUCCUACCGCCGCCCGUACCCACCACACCACCCGUACCCUCCUCCGCACCACCACCCCCACCCCCACCACCACCACCCACGGCACCCCGCUGGACGCGGUGCGUCUCCGCCAGCAACACCGCCACGUGCGCCGUCCAUCCCCUCGUCGUCUGCGUCCCCGCAGCGCGAUGACGGCCGGCAGGGCAUACACGCCCGCCCGCCCCCAGCGGCCCGCGCAGCGUCCCUCUCGCCGGGAAGAACACCGCCGCCAGCAGCCACAAGCGGCGGCAGCGGCGGUGGCGGCAGCGAGGGCGGUCGUGGCCGUGGCCGCGGUCGCUUUACCAGCAGGUUUAGGCGCGGUGGCGGGUGGCGCGGCAGAGAUGCAGAGCUGGACAGGGAGCGGGAGAGAGACUGGGACAGGGACAGGGACAGGGACCCGCGUGAUUGGGACCUGAGAGAGGAGUGGCUGGAACGCCGGCGCUUUUCGCCGCCCCCAUACCGCUAUCCCACUGGCGAUGAUGGUGCUCGCCCGCGCAAGGCCGACGACAGGCAUGAUGCAGCCCCACCGCCACCACCGCCACCACCACCACCACCACCUGGAGCGCACGCGUACCGCCGCGACUAUGGCAGCCCCCUUCGCCUGCGUCGCCGCUCUCGUUCUGCGUCCCCACCGCCACCACCACCACCACCACCGCCACUACCAUCGUCGUCAACGUCCAGCGUACUGCAGGGUGAGGGCCGUGGUGGCAGGUACUGGUCGGUCCCGCGUGAUGAGCGACGCGAGCGAAGCGCAAGCCCGCGCAGGCACCCCCAGCGCAGGUGA